AUGAAUUCUUCAACUGUUCAUUUUCUUGAUUUGCCUGAUGAAAUGCUUAUUGAAAUUUUCAAUAAACUUUCAACUGUCGAUGUACUCAAUUCAAUUUGGGGUGUUAAUCAACGACUCGGUCGAUUGGCACGUGAUGCCAGAUUUACGCAUUCUCUUGAUUUAACAACGAAACAAUCCUAUGAUGAACGAUGUUCCAUAUCGGAUGUUAUGCUAGAUCGAUUAUGUUCACACAUAUUACCUCAAAUUCAUGACAAAAUCAAAUCUCUUUUUGUUGAGCCGUCAUCAAUGCAACGGAUUCUUCGUGCGUGUGCUUAUCCUAAUCUUCAUCGAUUAACUUUGAGUUCAAUCGAAUCUAAAGAUUUUAUAAAGUAUUUAUCAGAUAAUUCACCUGUGUUACGUAUCUUUAAACAAAUUACAGAUCUUAAAAUCUCUACUAUUGAAUAUUACAACAAUCGAUCACAAAUACACUUGAAUACGAAAACGUUACACGUCUUUUUUCGAUCCUAUUCGUUGUUACCAGAAGAAUAUGCUUUACCAUUAACCAUGUGUUUGUCAUCGACUAUAAUUAAAUUAGAAGUUAAUGUACGUACAAUAGAUGAUUGUUUGCGUCUGCUUGAUGGACGUUUCAAUCAAACGAAAAUUUUAAACGUUAUUAUUGAUUCUAUUGAUACUCCAUUGUUGAACAUUAAUAGUCAGUAUAUUCUACCUAAUUUAACAACAUUCUUCUUGGCUACACGUAAUCCUACAGAAGAAUAUGAUAAUGCAAUAGUGCCAUUGCUUCGACGAAUGGAGAAUUUAGAAACACUCAUGCUAUUUCUUCUUGUUGGAAAUCGACCAAAAUUUAUUGAUGAUGUUCAUCUUAGUGAAGAAAUACUUAUUCAUAUGCCACGACUGGAAAAAUUUAUUUUUAAUAUCACAACAAUUGACGAUGUUGUCGAAAUCGACUACUGGCUGAAGACAGAUGAUAUUGAAGAGACAUGGAUUUUCAAUGAUGGUCUUCCUUAUUUUCAAUGUCGUAUUGAUAUUUUUAAGAAUGGUAUUGGCCGAUGUCGUCUCUGUUCAAUUCCAUUCAUUGAAUCAUCUUAA